AUGAAUCUCAGCUGGCUACCCUGGCGCACCCAACGCCUUCACGCAGCCGUGAGAAGCAAAGCGACAUGGGGCUAUGUCAUUUAUCGCACCACCUACACUCCUCAGUCCGAUACUGCCUUCUCCCAGAUCGUCGAUCUACUCAACUCCUACAUCAAACACGAAUUAUUUUCCGAAUACGCUUCGACGCCGAAGAGUAAACUACACUGCGCAGAGCCUACUGCAUAUCACGAGAUCUGGGCCCAACACCGUCCAGUCAUCAUGGCCGAUCCGGCCCAGUUCGACGAAGCCCCGAUAGACUCAGUUCGUGCUCAUUUUGAGUCCUGGGUCAAUUCGAGAGAGAAACGAAAUCAUACAACGUGUAUAGUGAUUGACGAUGAGUCACUCCGGGCAUUUUUGGAUGCUCAGCCGACGAAGUCCGAGUCCGACAAGAUGGGGAUUAAUUCGAUUCCCUAUAUCAAGGUGUUAACGGCAUUGCCGGAGACCGAUGAAUACGAUAGUUUCAUGGGUGCGGAGUAUCCAGGGGAAUGGUCGGAUAAGAGAGGUAUUCAUCCGAUCCCCCGUGGGAAGGAGGUGACAGCAUGCUCGGAGUCCGAUGACGACGAGUAUGAUAGUUUCCUAGGGGGAUGA